AUGAUAUCCCUACGCUCUCGUUUAGUAGCCGCGAGUGGCACUUUAGCGGCUGUGAUUGCCUUAGCUGUAUCUGAGCCAGUCUUAAAUAUCGUUCAGAUCGGAACAACUCCUAAUGGCUUCACGAGCCCACCAAGGGGGUGGAAUUCUUUUGGUAUACAGGCCAACCCCAAUACAACGCCGGGCUUUUCAUUCAACCAGACUGGGGUGAUAGGCCAAUGCGACGUACUCGCGAAAACCACUGCACUUAAAGACGCCGGAUAUGUUUAUUGCAGUCUUGAUUCUGGAUGGUCUGUGGGCGGUAAUGGCGAUGAGUUCGGACGUAUCAUUUAUGAUUCAUCCAUAUUUGAUAUUCCGAGCUUAGCUACUCACUUACACGCCGAAGGCUUACUCCUCGGCGUGUACGUUGUGCCCGGUGCUUUCAUCGCUGACGAGGCGAAAACUAUCUUUGGGACGAGCGUCACUAUUGGCUCGGUAUGCUCCGGCGAUAACGGCUUAGCUCGCUGUAAUUUUGAUUACUCCCAGCCGGCCGUUCAGGAAUGGCAUAAUUCUGUCGUGAACCAAUUUGCUUCUUGGGGCGUCGACUUCAUCAAACUUGAUUUUGUGACGCCGGGGUCACCAUCAAAUGGCGCAAACCUGCCUCCUGACUUGAGUGGCGAAGUCAUUGCGUAUCACCAAGCUAUUGCACAGUCAGGACGGGAGAUACGUCUGGGUAUUUCGUGGAAGCUUGACCGCUCACAGGAGUAUUUCGACAUCUGGGAGACGAAUGCAGACUCUAUGCGCACCGACCAGGAUAUCAACAAUGGCGGGGAGUCUACAUUUGUCUCUUGGGAAGUUGUCCAACGGGCUAUCGAAAACUACCGGCAGUACAUUACCACCGUGAUGCUGUAUAAUACAACUCUAACCAUUUAUCCUGACAUGGAUAACCUGUUUGUCGGUAAUCCUGCCUCAGUAUCAGGAGUAACAGAUGAUGAGCGCCAGACUAUUAUGACACAUUGGCUCGGAGCUGGUGCCAACCUUAUCAUCGGCUCUGAUUUAACCAACCUUGAUGCCUUUGGACUUAAUCUCUUGACAAAUCCAGAUGCUAUUGCAAUUGCCGACUUUACCUCCCACCACCCGAUGCAACCCCGUAACCCAGGAACUGGCCUCCCCAGCUCUCAACAGUUACAGGCGUGGAUCGCUGGGCCAGACGCGUCAGGGGUUGCUGUGGUGGUAGUUGCUAACUACGGCCCAAACGAAAGCCAAGGUGGUUUUGGGACUUCAUUGUCAGGGGUACAGACUAUUAGAGUAUCAUGGGAUGACCUCGGGAUUAGUGGAGGGUUUGAGGUCCAUGAUGUAUGGGCUAAUAAUGAUUUAGGGGUUGAGAGCUCGGGUUUGACGGUGCAACUUGGGGAAGGACAAAGUGUUUUAUAUAAACUCACUCAAUCAUAG